CUCACACCACGCGUCUCCCCCCACCAACUAGCUCUCUCUCUCUCUCUCUCUCUCGCGCCGCCGCUACGCUCGCCGCGCCGCCGCUACGCUCGCCGCGCCGCCGCUACGCUCGCCGCGCCGCCGCGGGUGGGGAGAUUUGACCGGCGUUGACUCCGGGAUGGACGGGCGGUUCCCGCUGCCGCCGGCGAGCGGAGGGGGGCGGGGGCACCACCGGCGGGCGCACUCGGAGACGUUCCUGCGGCUGCCCGACGCGGACCUCCUCCUCGACCCGGAGGGGGACUUCUCCUUCUCCGACCUCGACUUCCCCUCCCUCUCCGACGACUCCCCGGCCAUCUCCGACCCGACCCCGCCGCCGCCGCCGCCGAUGGCUGCGACCCCCGCGCCGGCGCCGCGGCCACCGGGUGGGGCGCACAUGAGGAGCCUCUCCCUCGACACCGCCUUCUUCGAGGGUUUCUCGUUGCAGGGUGGGGGAGGAGGAGGAGGAGGAGGAGGGAGUGGGGGAAGUGGUGGGCAUAAGAGGAGCGGGUCGAUGGAUGGGGUCAACUCGCCGUUCGAGGGUGAGUCGGCGCUCUCCGGUGGGCUACCGGACUACGCGAAGAAGGCCAUGCCCGCGGAGAGGAUCGCCGAGCUCGCGCUCAUCGACCCCAAGCGCGCAAAGAGAAUUCUGGCGAACAGGCAGUCGGCUGCAAGGUCCAAGGAAAGGAAGAUCAAGUACACUAGCGAGCUGGAGAGGAAGGUGCAGACACUGCAGACCGAGGCCACCACGCUGUCUGCACAGCUCACGCUUCUCCAGAGGGAUACAUCUGGUUUAACUGCCGAGAAUAGAGAGCUCAAGCUACGGUUGCAGUCCAUGGAAGAGCAAGCUAAACUACGUGAUGCUCUGAAUGAAGCUCUGCGAGAAGAAGUUCAGCGACUUAAGAUAGCAGCAGGGCAAGCUCCAAACAUGAACGGGAAUCCCUUCAAUGGUGGACUCCAACAGCAGAUUCCGCCCUAUUACACGCAACAGCAGCAGCAGCAGCAACAGAUGCCUUAUUUAGGCGGCCACCAUGCUCAGCAACGCCAUCCAAGCCAUCAGCAGAGCUCAUCAAAUGGCGGCCAGUCGCUGAGUGGUCAGUCCCUAAACGACUCCAUGGAUUUCAUGUGAGGAGAAGAAACUCGGGGGCCCCUAUUAAACCAUAUACCAACUGCAGCUCAGCAUUGUAAAGAUAGCUAAUGUACAAUGUAAUGCAUAUGAAUCAUUGAAUAGGGUAGCUAGCCGUUCUUUGUACCAGUAAACAGAAGUAAUUCUUGUAUGACAUAAUCCUCCCUUUCCCCCUUUGUUCAUUCCUGGAUUAAUGCCUAGACUGAGUUAACUAUGUUAACCAUUUAACACUUGUCUUGUAAAGUGGUCGUUUGUAACAGCCAAUGUUUGCUGUGAUUCA